GCGGCCCCGCCGGCUGCGGCUGCUCGCGGGGCUCCGCGGGGGGCGGGCACAUGCGUAGAAGCGGCUCAGCCAAGCAAACACCCCUCACAUCUUAAACGAGCUUCAUCCACCGGCAGCCGCUUCAGUCGGGCUGCCAGCCGGUGGGCUGCGCUCGGCCCCGUCCACACGCAGCCCCUCGCCGCUCCCCGCGGCAGCCCAGCCCCGACGGCCCCCGCCGCCUCCCGCUCUAGAUGGGACCGAGCGCGGCGGCUCCCGGCUCGGGCGGCGGAGGCUGAGCGCGCCCCGCGCGGGGGCGCCGGGCAUGGCCGCGGGCGGGCGGGGGCCGGACGAGCCGUAGCCGCGGGCCACAGCGCCCUCGCGGGGGGCCGGCACGGCCAUGGAGCGCCGCUGAUCGUCGCCUCCGCGGAGUCGCCGCCGCGGCCCGCCGGGAGACAAUGGCCCUGCGUAAAGUCUGCUCGGUGCUGGAAGUGUUGCUAGUAACAAUCCUUGUUGUGGAAGGGAUUGCUGUUGCACAGAAGACACAAGGUGGGCAAAAUAUUGGAUUGAAUCGCAUUCCUCCUACCCAGUGUGAUAACUGGGUACGGACAAGUAAUGGAGGACACUUUGCUUCCCCGAACUACCCUAACAUGUACCCACCAAAUCAAGAGUGCAUCUACAUCUUGGAAGCUGCUCCAAGGCAAAGAAUUGAGUUGACCUUUGAUGAACCUUAUUACAUUGAACCCUCAUUUGAAUGUCGGUUUGAUCAUCUGGAGGUUCGAGAUGGACCUUUUGGCUUCUCCCCACUCAUCGAUCGUUACUGUGGUCUGAAAAGUCCUGCACUAAUUAGAUCAACGGGGAGAUUUAUGUGGAUCAAGUUUAUUUCUGAUGAGGAACUGGAAGGAAAGGGAUUUCAAGCAAAGUACUCAUUUAUACCAGAUCCUGACUUCACUUACCUAGGAGGUAUUUUAAAUCCCAUUCCAGACUGCCAAUUUGAGCUCUCAGGAGCUGAUGGAAUAGUACGUUCCAGUCAAGUAGAACAAGAAGAAAAAACAAAACCAGGACAAGCAGUUGAUUGCAUAUGGACAAUUAAAGCUACUCCAAAUGCUAAGAUCUAUUUACGAUUUCUGGACUAUCAAAUGGAGCAUUCCAAUGAAUGCAAAAGAAACUUUGUUGCUGUAUAUGAUGGAAGUAGUUCUAUUGAAAACCUGAAGGCAAAGUUUUGCAGCACUGUAGCAAACGAUGUCAUGCUGCAGACUGGAAUCGGUGUGGUGCGAAUGUGGGCGGACGAAGGCAGCAGACUAAGCAGAUUCAGGAUGCUCUUCACUUCAUUUGUGGAUCCUCCCUGCUCAGGCAACACUUACUUCUGCCAUAGCAACAUGUGCAUCAAUAAUUCUUUAGUCUGCAAUGGCAUUCAAAACUGUGCAUACCCCUGGGAUGAAAAUCACUGCAGAGAAAAAAAGAAAUCUGGAUUGUUUGAACAAAUCACCAGAACACAUGGAACAAUCAUUGGCAUAACAUCAGGGAUAGUUUUAGUUCUUCUUAUCAUUUCAAUUCUAGUACAAGUAAAACAACCUCGCAAAAAGGUUAUGGCAUGCAAGACUGCUUUCAACAAAACUGGCUUCCAGGAAGUAUUUGAUCCUCCGCAUUAUGAACUUUUUUCACUGCGGGACAAAGAAAUUUCUGCAGAUUUGGCAGAUUUAUCAGAAGAACUUGAAAACUAUCAGAAAAUGAGACGCUCUUCAACAGCUUCCAGAUGCAUUCACGACCACCACUGUGGCUCUCAGGCCUCCAAUAUAAAACAAAGCAGGACAAACCUCAGCUCCAUGGAACUUCCCUUCCGCAACGAUUUUGCACAACCUCAGCCAAUGAAAACAUUUAAUAGCACAUUCAAAAAAAGUAGUUACACUUUCAAACAAGCACAUGACUGCCCUGAGCAAGUCAUAGAAGACAGAGUGAUGGAGGAGAUUCCAUGCGAGAUCUAUGUUAGAGGAAGAGAAGAUACGGCACAAGGUUCAUUAUCUAUUGACUUUUAAUUUCCUAGUGAAGGCGGUAUCGGUGUAUAUAAAGGAUGCUUGUGUAUAAGGACAGUGUAUAUAUUAAAAGUGUAUUAUAUGCAGCGUGUGAGAUGCACACACUUUUAGCUUGUAAUACUUCAUUUAAAAAAAGAAAAAAAAAAAAGCAAAACAAAAAAGGCUUCAUAACUAAUUAUUGCUGAAAAACAGUGGACUUCCUCUCAUUUUUCCAAGCUACCUAUUCAGCAAAGCAAAAGACAGACUUUGCAUGGAAAUUUGAAGUUAAGAAUACUGGUGGGAAAACAGCAUCCACUACAGUGAAUACUACUCUUCAUAUCACUUUCUCUUCUUCAGAUGUCCGCUUUUCAAGACAAUUUUAAUACCUCAGUUACAUAAAUAAAAGUAGUUAAGCUUACCAUAUGUAUGUCAACAUAGGUGUCUUAUUGUAUUUGUCAAAUUGAAAGAGUUAGAGUUAAGUGCCAGUUAAGACUCAAGAAUUAUGUUACAGCCAUCUGUUUCAUCUUGCCUAUCAUUUAUAUUGCCUUUAAUUAUCAGUUCCUCACUCUAUGCUUUGUGAGAAAUAGUCAUAAAGGAUUACUGCCUUUUUAAAAGAUAUUGAGGUAUAUUAAUUUGGGAAUAUGAUCUUUGCAGCUUGCCAUUAAACAUAAAUAAGCACUCACAUUGUUCUAAAUGCAGUCUUUUAAGAAGGCUUAGCAUUUUAAAAGAUUCUCCCAUUUAUUAUACAUCCACGUGACUCCACUGAUUUCACAGUUCUGUGGUUAGAAAAUAAUUUUGUUCCUGUGUUUUCCAAGUGUUUACAUGAACAGACCUUACUGUACAUUUCUCUUUUAAAAUAGCUUUUCAGUCCUUAUGCAGCCAAUCUUCCCUGCUGAAAUCACUGAUGAUAUUUUAGCUCCUCUGCUGCCUGACUGAAAAGAAUUGCUGAGAUCUGCGUGAUCACAAGGUAUGAGAAGAUACUGGAAAGAAGGAGAAAUCAAAGCAACUCUUAUUAACCUUUAUGGAUCCCUUCCUGUGUCCCUUGUUGCCACUUGAAAAUUUGCAUAUUUCAUAUUUUUUAAUGGUGGUUUUGACCUAAUUUUAACAUUUUUACAAUAUAGAACAGAUUUGCAAAUACUGUAGUUCUCAUUGUGUUUUUUAGACUUUUAUAUAGUUUGAUACUGUACAGACUAUUUAUUAAAUCAAAAUCUAACGCCUGUACAACACGCUUGUUUCACUGUCCAUUUCAGCAGCUCUGAAUAACAUGCAGUGGCUGCUGUGUACCUUGCUAUUUCCAAGCACACAUAGUGACUUCUGCAUUAGCUUAUAGUUUAUUCCCUGAUUUGUUUGGGUUUAUUCUGCUAUUUUGUUCACAAUAAACCUUUUGCUAAAUAUGGCCUAGCAGCUUGCACUAGGUAUGUCUUUUAUCUAUGUAAAACCAUAUUUACAGCCAAAUGUUUGUUGCGCUUACUGCACUCCAAAAAAUAAUUUAUUACUUCAGCAAUUGAAAUCUUGUUUCUUUAAGAGCUGAAUAGGUAUAACAACCAGUUUUCAUUUGAUGACCAAAAAUCAAAAAAUCAAAAAAUAAAAAUCUUACACAUGUUUAAAAGGAAAUGCAAAAUCUUAUACAACGUAAGAAAUUGAUUGAAGGUGGGUGAGCUGAUCAUCCUCAACAAUUCCUAACUUCAAAAUUAAGCCUGGCAUAUAUCUAGAAAGAACUUAAUCAGAAGCUCACCCAUCAGACCCCUACGACUAUAUCCUGGUCUCAGCUGUUGUGCUUAUCUCACAGUAUAUUUCAAUUUGAAACAAGAGAGCAUUUAUUUCCAGAUAAAUGUUUAGAAAAUAAUAAUAAUAAUAACAUCUAGUUAAUUUUGACUCAACUUUUUAAAAUAUUUAAUUAAGACAUUCAUUGACAGAUUUAAUUUACUUCUAAUUAAUUCCAGUAAUAAAAGUCCCAUUAUUACCUACGUGGUACAGAAUGUUAUUUGCAACAGACUUCAUUCCACAUCCUUAAAACAAGAAAUGACCCAUGUAAAACUAGUAUUUAUGUCCAUGUUAGGCUAGUAGUGCUAGGUUUGCAUGGUAGAGUUUCCUUUUUAAGGCAUAUUGGUCCAUGUGAUAAAAUGUUGUGGUCCGUAUUCUUUCCUAAGUUACAUUAUCUUUGAAUAGUUAACUUGUAAUAAUAAAAUAAAAUUUAAAUAAAUAAUUUUAAGUGUCCAGCAACCCUGCAAAGCGCAGAUCUGUGGAAAAAAAUAGGAAAAGCACUACUGACAAAUUUUCAAAUGACCUGAAUAAUAUUUCAGUCUCCAUAGCAACUUUUCGGUGGCAUGGUCAGAAUGCAGCUGCUUUUUUCUAUCCCAGAGCUGCUUGGCAAACUCCCUUAACCAGCUACAGCUUGUGAGUAAGGUUCUCCAGUAACCUCAGGCUCAGCUCUCCCAGCUUCACAUUCUCCUCUUUCUCACUUUCUUUCUCAUUUUGUGUUGGGCAGGAUGUGUAGCUUAUGGCAUUAAGCUGAGGUCCUGCUGUCCAGUUAACACCUACUCCUGAUUCCCAGUAGAGAGUGAGAACUCUGCUGGAGGCAGCUUUACAGUAUUUCAGUAAUAACAGACCGAACCCAUACCGUGGCAAUAGGUGUACACUUGAAUAGAUCUGAGAGGGAUACCAAAAGGAACAAUGGCUUCUACAGACAUUUACAAAUAAAAAGGACAAGAAAAAGAAAUACCUAUUCCUGCUUGUUUUAUUUCAGGUGAGGGGGAAUUAAACUCUGACCCUAAAAAUCUGAAAGGAAAACUCUGUAUGCUUAGUACAUCUAAACAAUAAUAUAUCUAUGUAUUUGAUCUAAAUUUAGGUUCAGCUACCUUGCUCUGCUUUAAGAAAUGAGUGGUGACUGUUAGGGUCAAAAUUUAAUUCCCGGUAGAAUCAAACUCCUUCACUGCAGAGAAAAUAAACAAGUGGAUGAACUGCUUGGUAUUACUUUUGCCUUCAGCAAAAGAAUCCUACGCUGGUUUUGAAGACUCAGUCCAGUUGGAGUUCACAAUUUGUUCUUUUACCCUUUUUUUUGUUUGUUUGUUUUGAGUUGGUGACUAACACCACCCUUCCACAUGCUUGCAGUAUCUGAGCAAUAUGAGAACACUUCCAUUGUCUCCAUGUUAAAUCCAUACAUUUCUAGGAGCAUUCUGAUUUUGCACUCAUUUGUAUCCAUAUUUGUUAUUGCACUGAAUGCACAGAAAGAAAGAUGCAUGCCCUAUCUAUAGGGACUGACCAAGAAACAGUCAACAGCACUAGUUGUGUUUUGGUAUUAGAAAUUCAUUUGUGCUUUUCAUUUUAACAACAUCAACAUCAAACCAUCCCAUUUGAAGCAUUUAUUUUGAUAAAAGGUGUAAAAGCAAAUCUCCAGGUGACUUAACUAUAAGUGAUGGAGAACCAUGAAGCUUUUUAAGGAGAUGCCUACCUUUAUAAAUACGACAGCAGUGGUAUAGGAAACUCAGAGUUAACACUGUUAAAGACUGAAGGGCUUCACCAAUCACAGAAGCAUAAAUUGUCCUUAAAAUGCAUGAAAUCAUCUUGUAUGAUGACCCUCAUAGUACAUAUAAAUUAUGGUGGUACACGAUGAGAAUUACUUGAUUAAUAAUGAGAAUUAUUCUUACUGAAUUCGUAUAAAGAAAUUAUGAAAAGCGCAUAUACAUUGACUUAUGUAUAAGAUGUCCUUGGCACAUGAACACCCACCAGAAUUUAAGACAUUAAGAUACACUUUGUUUUGGUUUUUUUGCACAGAGGAUUUUGUGUAUCAGCAGCAAAUUGCUGUGACUUGAGGAUUUCCUUAUUUUCAAAUCACACUAUUUAAUUACGAUCUUCUGGUUAAAAUGCUACUGAAAGCACAAGUGUUUUGUUCUGGUUGUUUUUGGUUUUUUUUAAAGAAAAAAGAAUCUCUUCAGCACCCCUAUUUGAGAAGCCAAGGGAAAAUUACAACCUGUAACUGAACUAUUUAAUUCAAGUGGCCAUACAGAAACUUUCUACUGAUUAAUCUUCCUGUCUGAUCAAGACUCUACAUAUCUAUUCACAGUAAAAUUAAAUCAAAUCAAUAUACUUUUACAUGUUCUUAUUUCAAAGUUUAGGUAUGAGUUUUAAUAUUUCUCAUAGAUAUUCCCAUUUUUAUAGAAUGCUUGUCAAAACACAAUUCCUAAUUAUGUCAAAAAUUACAUUAUAUGACAAGUCUGUUGCAGCUGUUAAAAAUCUUUGAGUUGAUUCAUGUUUUGAAAAGAAGAAUUUAUAGCAUCUAUCUCAAUCCAGCAAUACAGAAAGUAAUAUGUUUACAAUUUCUGUUUCCAGUAAUCAUCUCCAUACAGGAUAAAUCUCUUUUAUGAUUAUAAUAAUAAAUCACAUCAGUGUGCUCUAAUAUGUGCUUCUGUGUCACAGUGAAACAGCAAACAUACUUUUGCAUUCAGAUUCCUUUGCUACACUGUACUUUAAAGAAUCAGCUUAAGAAAAAUCUGUUUUCCAUCUGUUUCAUACAUGAACAGUCAUUUAUUACUUGUCAACUUAUUCCCUCUUAUCUAGCUACAAAAGAUAAUCCACUAUAUAUCAGAUAAAACAGCUUAGUUUCCAUAAGUCUGUCUUCUUAUAAAGCCAGGCCCAGGGAGAAAGAAAGAAAGGUAGAGCUUAAUGUCUUGGCACACUUUCCAUUACCGUCAUGUAAUUCAAGGUAGCAGUUUUUAUACAAGAGAAAACUGUAAAAUAUAUAUCAAAUUCCACUCAGUAAAUUAAUAUAAUGUUAUAAUCAGCCAAAAAGUACUUAAGACCAAUACACCUCUGUAUGGGGACUGUUGAGUCCCAGCCUGAACCACUGAUUGAGCACCUAGGGAAAGGACCCACUCAGCCCUGGGAGCACAGGUGAAGGCAAUUCAGCUGUGUGAGCAGACAGGGUGCACUGGCUGCACCUCUCAGACCUCAUUUAAGGGCUGUCUGCCACUGGGGAAGGUUCUCUUUCUGGAGAUCCCUCCUUGGUGAAACCUUCCCCUGCAGACCUGGAAUCUUCUGAUAAAGGUGAGCAAUCUUCUCUCCUUUAUAGCACCUUUCAGUUGUGCUGGUCAUCAUUAUGCCUCUGUUGUAAUGCCUUUCCCAUUGUAUUAAUCUGUGCAAUUGCUACAACCUCAAAAUUCAAGACUAUUUGCUAUUUAUUAAUCCUAAUCACAUCUUCUCAAAGCAUGAUUUCUCAAUACUACAAAUAUAUUUAUUAGAUAAACAUCCCACUAUUUUCUCUGUGCAGUUAUAUCCUCUUCCCUAAAACUGGUUCUCAGGAGUUUGUUUGUUUUAGAUCUUAUUACAUUAUUUUAUUGGUUUAUGCAUAGAUAUGUAUUAUUACUUACGUUUACUUGUACCUCCCAAUUAUGUUAUCACCUAUGUAAAAGUUGCUUCUCCUUUCUUUCCCUCCAGGUAUAUUUAGGAAGUAAGGAUUAUGCUGUGGGUUUAUUUUUAAACUACAGCAUCACAAUGCUUAAGCAUCGUGCUAAUUUCUGGCUUUAAAGUAGAGCUUACUUUUCACUGGGGAGUAAGGGACUACAAGGGAAAAUCAAAGUUCACAUAAUUAUUUCUGUAACAUCAAAUGAACAUAAUGGAAUUAGAACAAAGUAAAUGAUUUUUCUAAUACACACAGUGCGGUACUUGAAGGGAAAAUAUCAGAACCAAAAAGGCUUAUGUUUUGUUUUUUAAACAUGGGAAAGUGUUUGGUUGUCCUGGUUAUCAUGCUUAGUUUGUUCAUAACCCUCAUCCUUUAUGGCUAUUAAAUUCACCUGAAUUCUUUGUUUUAAAUAAAAAAUGAGAGACAAAAUACUGA